AUGGCCCUCGGCCUCGGGGCCGGCGGCUACGAGGAGGACGACCGCCUGGCGCGCCUGCUGCCCGCCUUCGGGCAGCAGGUGGCCCGCGGGGGGGACUGGCCGCGGCCGGGAGACAGCGUGCUGAUCAAGGACCCCCACAGAACCGACUGGGACGGCUGCGCGGCGCACAACUCGCCCCACUUCCUGAUCCUGGCGGCCGGGGAGCGGGUGCUCGUGUCGCACAAGAACCUGGACGGGUUCCUCUUCGGCACCGUCGAGGGCGCAGCCUCGAUGCCCGAGCGCUCGGGCUGGUUCGGGGGCAGGGGCUGCUCUGCGGCUGUGGAGGUGGUCCUCCCCGUGCCGCUCGGCCCGCACCGGCCGACGCCAGCCCUGCCCGAGGGGAUCCCGCCGUGCUGGGCCGACGGCAUGGAGCCGGCGGAACCUUCGGAGGCCUCGCAGGGCGGCGGGUCGAGGCCCAGCGGCGGCGACAGCCUCGAGGCCGUCGUGGCGGAGUACUGCCGCAGCAACAACGUCGACGGCUCCGCGGCCUCGGCGCUCAUGGAGCUGGAGCCAGACCUGCAGCGGAUUCUGCUCACGAGGACGGGGAACCUCUCGAACUGCAGGAACCCCUCGGCGGUGUUGCUGACCCGCAUCGACAGGGUAAAGGCGGGGCAGCCCAUGAACCCGGGUGGCCCCGCCCGCGGACGCAGCCGAAGCCCCCGCCGGGCGGCCCACGGGCUCGGCUCGCCAGGCAGCUGUGGCGGCGGCCUGGCGAGCUCUGCGCAGGUGGAGGAGGGCCCGGGCGGAUAUCGCGAUGGGGCCUGGACGACAGGGUGA